AUGGCUCUAAAGCGACGGCGCUUGACCUCAUCCAUCCCCAUGUCUCGGUUUCUGGAUAUCCCGCUCGAGCUUCGAGAGCUCAUCAUCGCCCGUGUGCUCUAUUCGUCGACGGACCCGCCUUCAACUGCUCUGGAAUUGAAUGGACAGGAGUAUUAUGAUCUGAAUUAUUCGGCGUGGGUUAGCAGCGGGACCCAUGUGUAUUAUACGCAGCAGGACAUGCCCAGCUCUUCAAAGUGUCUGUCUCUUCUUCUGACCAACCGUCAACUCUCGACCGAGACUCGAGCGGUCCUUGAACGCAGAAAACUCGACUACAUCGUGGACAUUUCCGUCAAGAAUGAGUUAGACCUCUUCCUGACGUGGCAGUCGGUGCCGUGUCUGUCAACCCAUAUAUCGACCCUCUACACAAAUGUGCGACUUUUUGGGCCCAUCAUCGACAGUCGCACGAUCCAGGGACAACUCGGCGAUGGUGGCCGGAGAGGCUUUCACUGGUCCUUCUAUGCGGCUCUGGAACGAUUUCUUCGCUACGGGCCUGUCGGAUAUCGUAAAGACCUGCAGGAAUUUGAGGGGCGGAACAUGCUCAUCGAUACGCUCGUGAUGGACUUCCAGUCUGCAGACCUGGAACUGACCUUCCCGCCAGACAAUGUCACCUUCAGACAUUGGUCAGACCGCCACAACGGCUCUGAUCGCUGGAGAAACUCGGGCGAAAUCUCAAAGACCUUGUCAUCAUACAAGCCGCGCCCGGAGUGGCUCUGUAAUUAUCUUCACGGGUGGAUAGAUAGUCUUCUUACCAUGAGCUAUCAUGUCUCCCUUUUCGGGAUGCCUCUAUAUGAGCAUAUCGGAAGUAUCCAGAUGCUGGUUGAUGGACGACGGCAAUUUGAAAUCGACCUUGCCAGUAAGCUAGCUGACCUCAGUUUCACCGAUCCAAGGAGCAUGAUGGGCCAUCUACAAGCGGGGGAUAGGGAAACAGGAUUUUGGAAAUGGAAAAGGGAAACCUUACUGAGAAGGGAGGCUCAAGGUUUCCCUGUGAUAUCACCAGCUAGGGAAUGA